UAAUACGGCAUUGUCGCCUUAGAAACUAGUGGUUUAAAUACAAUGGGCUUAGGCUAUUUUUCAAAGUGUAUUUUAAAUCAGAAUGAUUCGCAUUUAAAAAGUACAGGACAUGGGAUCAAUGAUUUUUUAGUAACUUCGUUAACGGGAAAUAUUGAAAUCGCCAUUAAAGAAGGGCUUGAAUUAAUUGAAAAAGAUCAACAAGAGAAAGGUUAUUUAGGAUUCAAUAAAUGGAGAGUUUAUGAACGAAUAGCCCAUCUAACAGCGAUUGUUGGAUUAAAUGAUUGGUCUCAUUUUUGUUUAAAAGCACUUGAAACACAAUUUCCGGCUUCCAAUCGAGUUGCUUUAUUAAAAUUGACAAUUGAAUGCUUACGUGAAAAGAAACCAGAAACGUUAGAAACGUUCAUCAAUGUCGUGGAAAAAAAUAAAACAGAUUUUGUUUUACGUAAACAAGCUAUCAUGUAUUAUUUUUCUAUGAAUCAUAAUGCCUCUUCGACAAUCAAUUUACUUCUAGAGCACUUGCUUGAAUUUUCUCAGGAUGUUGACGCUUGGAUUUUAUUAGCUCAAUUAUAUAUUUAUCAAUCAUGUUAUCCUCAAGCUAUCUUUUGUUACGAAGAAGCUUUAUUAAAUAAUGCAACUAACAUUCUGACGUCUCUAACUGUAGCCGAGUUAUCCGUGUCAAUAAAACAAUAUGAUAAUGGACUUCGGUACUACUUUAUAGCUUUACAACAACAACCAGACCAAAUAAGAGGUCUUUGGGGUGUUGUGUGGACAAUUCAUACUCUAUUGAAUGAUCCGUCUUACUCCAAAAAUGUCAGUAAAAAACAAAAAAGUCAUUUGCAAGAAGCGCAAGCAUGUUGCGUCAAAACCUUGAAGCAUCUUUAUCAAGUGCAACUAUUGACACAGUUUAACGAUCGUUGUGAAAAAUGGAAUCACGUGUGUCUUGAUGUUUUAUGCGAUAUUAGUAACUAACGAAUUGUAUUAAGAAGUGUUAUUUUUGAAAUCACUUUUAUUGGCGUUACAUUUUUCAUAAAGCUAUUAUACAAAAAGUGAGAAAAUGAAUUAAUAGGUUGAUCCAAUUUUUGUUACAGAAUUUUUUUAAAGUGAAUGGUAACGU